UACGCAUUUAGCCCGGACACGGAGUACACGUGCUGUGAGCCUCAGACCCGCCCAGCAGCUCAUGUCACCGCCGCCGCGAAUAAUCGCGUAGUAAGCCGUGGCCACUUCUGCCCAUUCACUUACACCUUCACGGUAGAGGGGAUGUGCGGUGCAGAUAUUCUGGUAGUGUACAGUGAAACGGUCUAGGAUAUAUUUCAUUGCAACAAAUUUCAGACGUUUUGCUUGCCUCUUAUCAUUUUCGGUCUUGCUAGAAAACUACUCGUGCAAAAGGAGAGUAGGCGUGUGGAGUUACAGCCCUUGGAGUUUUGGUUUGACAUACGUGCUUUGCGUAUCCCAUUUUUCUUACUUUCUGAUUUUUAGGGACAAGUAAUUGUACGAAAGCAGUUUUUUUUUGGCGGCGAAAGGAAUUUGUCCUUAUCUGCCGGGCAGCCGCUGUGAAGAAUCGGAUUUGCAUUUAGGAGAAAUGAGGGGACAUCAAGUCGGCACUGGCACGGAUCCUGUUCUGUGCCCGGCGACAGAGCCCCUGUCUCCGGACCCCUCGGCUGACGCACCCCGUCCGGUGCCGAGCCACAGGUUCGGCAACUCGCAGUCCAGGUUGAAAACGUCUGUCGCGUCUUCCAGGGAAAGAAACUUUGUUGUUCGCUGUUCGCCCAACCCGCGAAGCAGCUGCGGGUCCUACAAAGCGCACUCCGUCAACAAAGUGAAGCCUGUGAUUGCUCCACCAGUAUUCCUUUUCCAGAAGACGGCGCUGCCAGUGAAGAGGCUGGCUGAAGACUCUGUAGACAAGAUUUGUCUGGGAGCGAGUCCCGGAAAACGCGGGCGUUCCUUCACCUUCCCUUCUCCAAGUGCCUCCUACAGGGCAGGGGAGACAGGUCCUGCAGACAGGCAGCAGAGAGAGCGGUCCUCCUCGGUGUGCUCCUUCUCCUUCCCUCCUUCCCGUCCAGUAUCAAGAAAAAAUGUGUUCAUGCCUUCGAGUCUAUGCAAUCCUAACAUCGACAGCAGCAGUCCUGUAGAUACAGCAGAUUGUUCAGCGUGGAAAGCAAAAGGGCCUGUGCUGAGGCCGGCCACCCUCCAGGCUCCCAGACCACACAGCAUCUCCCCGCCUCUGCCUGCAGAGGGGUCCUGCAGCCUGACCACUGCUGACACGCCCUGCUCCGGCCGGGCGCCAGACCAGCAGGCACCAACAGAGCUCCACAGUUUUCCAGGAAGUCGCCCACCAGGCAUAGAGUCGGACACCACUUUCCCAUCUUCCACUUUCCCUCAGCUUGUGCCUCCUCAGGCAGACAGAAGUCCUGUGAAAAUGGACCUGGUUGCCACAGAGAGCAGUUUCCCAUUUGUGUUUGGGGAAAACAUGAGCGAGAGAGUUUUGAGCCCUAUGAAGACUCCGGACGCUGACGUAUCGGACAACAGCGAAGACGGUGCGACUGCCCCAGAGUCCAGCUCCUCCGAGUCCGACUCCGACUCCGAGUCCCCAACCUGCGGAUCACCGCAUGGAACGGUUAGGAGGCGCACGCUGAGGGAGUCAGCAGCCGCCUGCACUGCGGCCAGCGGGCGGAGGUGCCUGCUGAAGAGGGUGAGGGUCUUCACGGGAGAGGAGCUGGAGAGCAACGUGGUGCAGAUGACCUGCAAGCUGUUUGUGUUUGAGAAGGCGACGCAGUCCUGGCGGGAGAGAGGCAGGGGAAUUCUGCGGCUCAAUGACUUGGCUGCCGAGAGGCCAGGAAGCUUCCAGUCACGAUUAGUGAUGAGAAACCAGGGCAGCCUGAAGGUGAUCCUGAACUCCAAGCUGUGGGCUGACAUGCACGUGCACAGAGCGAGCAGGAGAAACCUGCAGCUCACCGCCACCGAGCUGGAGGAGCGCUCUGUCCGGAUCUUCCUCGUCCAGGGUGGCGCCAAAGACAUUGCCCGUCUCAACAUGGCCAUUCACCAUCGCCUGGUGGCACUGCGGUGUGCUGGCAUGGAGCUGGGGAGGGCGCCCAGUCUGGAGGGGCCAGAGUCAGGACCUGCCCUGCGGCCCUUUGACAGCGAGGAAGAGGAGGAGGAAGAGCAGAUACUGACCCAUCUGGGCUGCUCCACAGCUGGAGGAUCAGACUGGAGCUAUAGCCAACCCCGGAUCCGCUCCUGAUGCGUCCUCAGGGUGCGGCGAUCCCCGUCACUCUCACACACAGAGCACUCCUGUGAUAACCUUCACCGGAUCCCGGCUCUAGCCUUCCUUCGGGGCCCGUGCGCGGCCGCGGCGCUUUGGGAAGGGCGGCUGGAUCCCGCGGUGGCGGCCAGCUGCCUGCGCCCGCUUGUGGAACGCAGAUUGGCAGCAGGAUCCCCUUCAUCCAACGCAGUAUCGCAGCUCCUACUGCCUAAAUUCAGUCAGAGCCCUCGUUCCUCGGGGUAUAUCGAACACCUGCAGGUGCUUGGAAAUGACUCAUUUACACUGCUCUGGAGAUCGGACUUAGAAGCGCGGCUUCUCUUUUUGUCUUACGGCAAGUUUUACUUUGUAAAUCUGGGGAAACACUCAGAUCUUGAAUAUUCUUGAUGAUGGUGUGAGGUAGCUUUUGAAACAAAGGAAAAAGGGCAAAAGGGUUUUCUGAAAGAAUCAGAAGAAAAUGAUGUUCAUGCAGAAAAAGGAACAUUGCUGCAUGGUUACUGCAAUAGUAUGUCUCUCACUACUGAGCCUGGACAUUGUUAAGGAGACGGUUUUGGAAGAUGUGUAUCGUGUAGAUUUUUUUGACUACCUUUAGUAUGUAUAUUUAGUUAAGGAGUGAUCUUAAGAUACUGCAUCGCAGCACUUUUUAAGUUCCAUUUUAAUGCUUAAUUCACACUGUGCUGGACAGCUCCAGUAAUUUAGCCAAGAUGUGUUCAAUGGCCGCUUUUAUCACAUUUUUGCUAGAAUUGAAUUCUAUUGCGUUUUUCUCUUACUCAUUACUCUUCAGUGCAAUACUAUUUAAGUGAAAGACUGCUGUUGGCUGGAAUGAGCCAAUGGCUUAAAAAAGGUACACUGACUCAACGUAGAGGAGUUAUUUUGGAAAAUUGCCUGUUUUGCCAGAAAAUUGAGUUUGAGAAUUUUUGGUAAAGAUGCACAAUGAGUCAGCUGUGUUUAAACAGCUCUCUUGGCAUAUUUUUCUUUGACUGUUUUUUUAAAUGUGAAACAAAAGAUUUUGAGGGAUGUUUGCCUUCUUUUGGAAUGUAGUUUCCUAUGUAUCACAGUAAACCUGUGCAAAGAAAUGAUUGCACCUCGUGCAGAGAAAUUAUUCCCCUGUAUAUGACUGAUUUUGCUUCAUAUACAUUUUCUUUAUUUCUUCUGGUAGAAAUUUCUCUGGGUUGCAGAUGGUGGUGGGGCUGACUUUUUUUUCAUAAAUGGAAGCUGUCUGUUCAAACAGCUUUUUUAAAAUGACAAUGUAAAUGUAGGCCAUAGUUCUCUUCAAUGAAAAAACACAGAUUGUACAACCUGUAUACAGUACUCUGCUUUGCACACUCACAGCUUAUUUAAGGUUACACAGGAGUGGCCAACAUUUACUUAUUGCAAUAUAACGUCAGAUAUCAGUGUGGAUAUAGGCCUCUCCAGAAUUUUUCUGUUUUUAUCCUGAGAGGAGGGGCAUCAAACAUUCCCCUUGACAAGGAAAGAACAAGCGAGAAUUUCCUUUGCUUCUUUAUUUGAAAAAGAAUAGUGUGAAAGUUUGUGAAGGCCCUAGCCUUUCUAGUAACAAUUUCAAUAACGUAUCUCUAUUAAAAUUGCUGGAAACUGGGUGCGAUAAGAGAUUGUUCGUUGGCAUACAAAGGUGUACUUGAUAGGUGGAUAUGUCCAGUAACAUAUUUGUUGUUAUAUCAUCUGACAGCACUUCACAGUCAGUCUUCCUUCUGUAAGAAUGCUUUUCUAUGAUGCUCUUGGGUCUUUCAACUACCUCUAACAUCCCAGGGGAAUGACUGCUGGAUUAAAGGUGACAUUUUCACUCAGAAGGGAGCUCUUAUACUUCUAUCUGUCUGAUAAUGUUUGGCUGAGUCACACAGCUUUCUUGUCACCUUUGUGCUGGUUUCUUGUUUGGGUUGGAAUUCAGCCUCACAGAUGGAUAAAAACAGUCUUUGUUCUCUGGUGUUUUACUCUGUGUUAGGUUUAGACACACCUGUAGGUUAUUUCACUCACAGACCCAUGAGACGUUCCAGGACAGCUGCAGCAAUCUGCAUUCUGGGUCUUAUAGAUAAAGUGGGGGGUGUUCCAGGUUCUUUUUCAUGUUUUACUUGUUCUAUUCCAAGUGAAAAAUGCAAUUUGCAUUUACUUUUUAAUUUUAAACACGUUUAAGUGCUAUCAUGUACAUAUAAUACUUAGGUUUGGCUGUUCAGCUGUAUUUGCACAGGAAGCUACGAUUGUCAUUUGUGUAAUUUUAAUAUUUAAAAAAAACAGAAUCAGUCUAUUUUGUUUUAAAAAGUGAAAAGAAAAAUUGCCUUAAUUUAUCUAUUCAAGAUGUGCUCACAAAAUGUACUAGGGGUUGAUAAGGACAUUUUGAUAUUUUUAUGAUUGUAUUAAUUGGGCUAGGUUGUUCAAUAGUUUCUGAAAACAACUCAAGAGCAGUACCAGUUUGUAUGCUUUUUUGUUUAAAGAAAUGCAUUAUAAAUAAAGUAUGUAUUUAUUA